AUGGGUAAUAUCUUUUGGUGGGCAUUAGCAGACUGUGAUUAUAACUCAGCAGAGUUGACAGAGAUCGAGCUGCGUGGCUUGGUGGCAACCCUUAACGAAUCUGUGGCAAAAAUAGAAAUUGAUGUGAGAAUUUUGCAAGGUCAUGAACGUUUUACAAGCAUGAUCAAGUACGCAAUCCAGAAAGCUAAAAUGUUGGAUAACAUUUGGGUUGGGCUUAUGGGGGAAGCUGGUUCUGGCAGGAAACUCACUGUACUCCAAAAGACAAUAUCUGGCAAUGGAAUUGAGGCAUGGAUGACCUUAGAUGAUUACGUUAUGGCCAUAUUGGAGCAGGAUGCUGAAUUCCUUGCUUUGGCUACAUUAAACCCUAGUGUUUUAAGCCAUGAGGCUAUACCUUCGAUAAUACCUGUCUCUAUAAUAGAUCAUUUUGCAAGAUAUCUCUGUGAAAGUAAAGCAAACAUAUCUAGAGGCAGUGGUUUAGUUAAAGAUAAACAUUUGUUUGAAAAAAAAAUGAUGAUGGACGUUGAUAUCAUCUCAAGAGAAAUCAUCAAACCAUCUUCACCAGCAAUUCAUCGUAUAAAACCCUUCAAACUCUCUCUCUUGGACCAGAUCACUCCUACAACCUAUGCUCCACUUAUCCUCUUUUACCCCAAGAACCAUAUUCAUUCCAAGAAUCCCCAAGCUCAUCUAAAAAACUCACUCUCAGAAACCCUAAAUAGUUUCUACCCAUUUUCUGGAAGGAUGAAAGACAACCUCUUUAUUGAUUAUUAUGAAGAGGGCAUUCCAUAUAAUGAGGCCCGAGUCCAUUGCUGUUUGUCUAAAUUUCUUCAAAAUCCUAAAACGGAGUCGUUAAACCAUUUUCUUCCAUGCUCUCCAUUUCGCAAAGAACCAAACCCAAUGGAAGCUGCCCAAUUUGCUGUACAAGUGAACAUAUUUGAUUGUGGUGGAAUAGCUAUCGGUUUAUGCGCGUCGCAUAAGAUCACAGAUGGAAUCACCCUGAGUGCUUUCCUCAGCACUUGGGCUGCCACUACAGGCGGGCCCAGUAACAAGUUAGUAAGUCCUAAUUUUACCGAGGCAUCAUCAUUAUCACACUUUCCUCCACAAAAUAUAUUGCCUCAUAUUGCUAAACCUUUAGUGGAAAGGCUUUGGUUCAGGGAAGGCAAGUACAAGACAAGGAGAUUUGUGUUUGAUGCCAAGGCCAUAGCUACUUUAAGGGCAAAAGCAAGGAGUGAACGAGUGGAAAACCCAACCCGAGUUGAAUCAUUGUCUGGUUUCAUUUGUAAACACGCUAGAGCUGCUUCUAGAUUAGCAUCUGGUUCUCCAAGGCCAUCUAUACUGGCCCAAGCGAUAAGCAUCCGGAGAAAAGCAAAGCCACGCUUGUCGGAUUCUUCUAUGGGUAAUAUCUUUUGGUGGGCAUUAGCAGCCUACGAUUAUAACUCAGCAGAGUCGACGGAGAUCGAGAUGCGUGGCUUGGUGGCAACCCUCAAAGAAGCUGUGUCAAAAAUCGACAGUGAUGUGAGAAUUCUGCAAGGUCACGAAGGUUUUAUAGGCUUGAUCGAGUACGCAAUCCAAAAGGCUGCAACGGUAGUAUUCUCCAGAGAAAACCCUGAAAUUUUUGCUUUCACCAGUUGGUUAACAUUUGGUUUCAAUGAAAUCGAUUUUGGAUGGGGAAAACCCAUUUGGGUUGGGCUGAUGGGGGAAGUAGGCUCCGGUAGGAAACUCACUAUUCUCCAAAAUGCUAUCUAUGGCAAAGGAAUUGAAGCAUGGGUGACCUUAGAUGAAAACGUUAUGGCUAUAUUGGAGGACGAUGCUGAAUUCCUCGCCUUAGCUACUUUAAACCCAAGUGUGAUAAGCCAAUGAGGCUAUACUUUGAUAAUAUCCACCUCUGAUCUGUACUAGUAUCUAUAUUGUUGCGUAACUUAUGCAUUGAUGAUUGUAUUCUAAUCAAGCUAAUAAAGCUAGUGAGCUAUACUAAAAGGAGGAUGGUUAUUACAGUGUGUAAUAGUGACCUAUACUAGUAUCUGUAGCGUGUUUCAAUAACUAAAAUCAACUCACGAUUUCAGUUUACGAAUACACAGUGUGUAACAGAUUUUGCCCUCGCUAA